AUGGUUAUUAUAGGCAGUGAAAGAAGGCCGAUUAAUCUUUUCAAUAACUGCGAGAAAUCGUUGUUUGAAGACGAAAAAAUCGAUUUUGAUACUUCCUCGCAAAGUUCCAAUCGUUUCAUUCCAAAUGAAUGGACAUAUGCGUUUGAUAAAAUGAUCAACGAUGAGAAUGGCCGCAUACAGUUUACAAAAUUUUUACAAAGUGAAUAUAGUGAGGAAAACAUAUUUUUUUGGCUUGCUGUUCAAGAAUUACGACCGUGUAUCGACGAUCGGCCACGAUUUGAAAAAAGAGUUCAAGAAAUAUUCGAUAAAUUCAUUACUGCAAAUUCGCCGCUAGCAAUUAACAUUGAUCACGAUACAAGAAUGGAUAUCAUAGAAAAAAUACAAUGUAUGGAUUCUUCAAUAUUGACUGAAAAGAUUUUUGAUCGAGCACAAGCUCAUGUUUAUCGCCUCAUGGAAAAGGACUGUUUUAGUCGUUUUAUUCAUACACCAGCCUAUAAAGACAUUGCCAAACGACUUCAAUUACCACGGAAUUUCCAGUUUAGCGACAAGCAAUUAUCCAGUUUGAAAUGUACAUUCCAAGUAUCAGACAACAAAACACUUUGCUAA